AUGACUCAACCGCCACUGACGGGGCAAGUAAAGCUGAAUGCGGAUUUGUUGACACGCAGCAUCUGUACGAAGUCCUUCAACGAGAAUGAGCAACGCAUCAAUUCGAUCGACUUCACGGCCGACGGGCAGACUAUGUUGACGUCAAGUGACGAUGAUCAAAUCGUCAUCUACAAUUGCAACACGGGCACGAAGAACCGGGCGGUAAACAGCAAAAAAUAUGGCGUCGACCUCAUCCGCUUCACGCACAACUCUAAUAAUGGCAUUCAUUGUUCGACAAAGAUCGAUGACACAAUUCGAUACCUGUCACUACACGACAACAAAUACAUUCGCUAUUUCCCUGGACAUACGAAAAAGGUGCUAACGCUUUGCAUGUCGCCACAAGAUGAUAUGUUUCUGAGUGGCAGCGAGGACAAGACGAUCAGACUAUGGGAUCUAAAGACGCCAAAUUGCCAGGGUGUCAUGCAAGUGGCGUCGCGAGCCGUCGCCGCCUUUGACCCCGAUGGCCUCAUCUUCGGCGCGGGCAUCAACAGCCAGUGCGUGAAGCUCUACGAUCUGCGCUCCUUCGAUAAGGGCCCCUUCAUGACGUGGCAAUUUGAGCAGGAGCCGCAUUGCGACUGGACCGGCAUGAAAUUUUCACCGGAUGGCAAGCACAUCAUGCUGACGACGAACGGCGAGGUGAUCAAGAUUAUUGAUGCGUUCAAGGGUGUACUCACCCAUACAUUACGGGGUCAUCAGAAUGCAAAGCGCCUGCCACUCGAAGCCACCUUCACGCCAGACUCGCAAUUCGUACUUUGUGGCAGCUCCAACGGUUUGAUCAAUCUGUGGAGCGUGGAGAACGGGAUGCACCAGGGCGAGAUCAAAACCGACCAUCAAGGGUUGAUUCAACAGAUUUCUUUCAACCCUCGCUUCUUCCUCAUGGCAACGGCCUGCACGAAAUUGAACCUGUGGAUACCGCCGGAUGAUGCC